UAAAUAAAUUAAAUUGACUUGGAAAUCUUUACGACCAAAUAUUCGAUAAAAAUAAAAUAACCAAUAUAAGAUUUCCGAUUUAACUAAAGAAACGUUAUGCUCAAACAAGUGAUGAAUAGCAAUAGGCCAAAAUUUUUAGUUUUAUUUUGUAUUUUUUAUGUUUCACAAUUGUCUCAAUGUAAGGUCGCUCCCAGGAGAAAUAAUGAUGGGGGAAACGCCACAGAUUUACCUAAUUCGCCGCUAGCUGAAGCCAAAGGAAACCAGGCGAACUCAAUCGGAGUUGAAGACGACGAAGCUAAUGGUCCUGAAGAAGGUCCUGAUGGUCCUGAAGAAGGUCCUACUGUUCCUGAAGAAGGCGUAUCUGACGGUACCAAAGAAUCUAAUGAUGUCCAACCAGUUGAUGAUUCCAAAGAAGACGACGCAAAUGAUAUUGAAGCGGAAGGUACCGGACAGAAGAAUAAACUAAAUGAUCCAGACAAUCCGAAUGGUUGUUGGAUAUCAUUAAAUGAACAAAGUCAUUUUGCGAAGAUGAGUCAGCUGGAGAAAAAGUACAAGGAAGUCAGGGAAUCAUACUCAAAAGAUGUUAACACUCAAAAAUUCGAUGAGCAAAUGUUGGAGGCCUUAGCCCAGAGAAGAGGCAUAGCGGAGCGAGCUCUCCAGAAGUUCGAGGGAAACCCUAACGUGAUCCCCGCCGGAUUGAACCUUGGGACCUACUGCAUGAUGAGGAUGCCCGGCUCUAUGCUAUUCUUCUACCGCCUGAAGCUGCGGAACAACACACGGUUCACCAUCAACUUCAUACACAACGACGUGGAACAGCUGACGCUGACAAUGCGUCUGUCCCUCAACGACCUACACCUGCUGGGACAGUAUGAGCGCGCGCUCACGUCCAAAGAAGAUCCUUCUAAACUGUACUACAGGCCGAACAAUGGAGAAGUCGAGUUCUUACUGAAAGACGUGAAGUACAAAGUGGAGGGCCGGUACCGGCUCCAGAACGGCAAGCUUCACAUCGAGCACAUUCUCUCGGAUAUACCGCCUAUGCCUAUACUUAUGCGUUACACGACAGACAGUCCAGGACAAAGCACUCCGUUGGAUCCUAAUACCUUAAAGGACUACCUGAACAGAAUGCAGACGGAUCUCGAUCACUGGCUGAAAGACUACUUCAACGACUUCCUCAUGCUUUACGGCGUUGAUGAGGUCAAGCAUAACGAGGAAAUACAGAAAUAUGAAAACGAAAGGACAAUCCUAUUGAAUGGAUUCGCUGACCAGGUUACGGACAUACUGAACGGGCGUAUGAGAGAAAAGGGACCAAGUCUGAUGAUGCCAGAUUUUACACUCCACGCUGCUAAUGGGAUGGAAAUAAGGCUGUACGAUGGUUACGUCCGCGGUCUGGACACCAUGUACCGGCGAUCCGUCACCACCGGCAAGCAAGUUGGCGAAGUGCGCUACGUCGAUACCGACAUCGGUUUCAGUGGACUAAAGACGGAGUACAGAUACGACACGUUCGUAAGGACCGGCAUACCGCCAGUAUCUGGGGUUUUUGUGCUGAACUCCGAAGACGUGAGAGCACACAUGGCGUUGCAGAUCGUGGGGUACAAGCCGUCUGUCCCGGACCUGCAGAUCUCCUUCUUGCGGCAUGGGAAACCAGAAUCGCUGACGAUUGAGGGACCCGCCAACAGAAUAAUCGCCAACUUCAAACACUUCUUGGAACACCACAUCAUCUCAAUUAUGAGCAGCACCCUGAUACACCACAUACGCUCCUUGAGUGCCUUGACGAAGUGUGAUCCGCAACUUCCUGUUAAAGACAAAGAAGAUGGUAGAGAAAAGUAUGUUACACCGAAGGAAGUAACGGAUUAUGAUGACAACGAUAUAACUACACCAUUCCACCCUGAUGAUGAUGAUGAUGAGCCUACUGAAACGCCAGAUAAUAAUGAUGAUAGACCUACUGAGCCACCAGAUAAUACCGAUGAUGAUACUGAAUCGCCAAAUAAUAGCGAUGAUGUGCCAACUCCAGAUAAUAACAGUGAAGAUGAACCUACCGAACAGCCAGAUGACCAACAAACUGAACCGCCAGAUAAUAAUGAAUCAUCCGAAGAACCAGAACAUCCUACAGACAACGAUGACAAGAAACCUGAAUAUGCGUUCAUGAGGAAAGAGAGUGUAGAAUUAGAACUACCACCUAAGGAUGGUGCUGAAAAAGGACAAUCAUAUAAGAUCGAUCAUAAUGAAACAUUCACUUUGACAAAAUUAAAUGAUAACGAAGUCGAACUCCACAACGGAGAUGUUUUGGCUAAUCAAGGUGUAGCCGAUGACGCUAAUACUCCAAAAAAGGAUAAUAGCUCCAAAAAAGAUAAAAUAGUAAAACUUAUGGGGAGUGACUCAAGCGGGAGCGAUUCGAGUUCAAAUUCCGGUCCCAGUUCAGACUCAGACUCUGGUCAAAAGUCAUAAAUAUAUAAAUGUACCUACGUUAAUCGUUUUUCAAUAAAAAUUAUAACUUAUGUUUUAUUUA